CAUCAUUUGAAAAACCCCUGGUGUAGACAAUCUGAUCAGUAGUACUUAAUUAAAAUGUAAUAAAUCUAAAGAAUUUUGUUUUCAAUACAAAAAGAUUUUAUUUUUAAAUGUUCAUUUUGCUUAAGUUCUAUUGAAAUAGUUUCUCUCAGCAAUGAUGCUAGGAAAAAGAAAAAACAAAGAAUAACACGCUUUACAAAUAGUUUACGCGAAGGAGGAAGAGCAGAGUUAUAAUUGUACUCAACCGCGAGAUGUCUUUCACAGAAACGAAAUAUGCGUCAUCUAAUCAAAAGAAACCAGUUUCGUUGUUAGCAAGUUCACGUUUGGUAUUCAAGCGGUAACAACCAUCGCAAUAACGCCACAAAUAACAUUCUCAACAUAAGAAUGACUCAGUAUUGUAUGGUUUUUAUUCUCAUUCUGUUUUAUUCAAAUAGCACUCGCAGUCAAGGGGAUGAAGUAUUGAUGCUUCCCAAUGUGCGUACCACAUUUGAUGAUUGUCAUUUGCGGUUUCACAAAUUAGGUACAUUUGGGUUUGUGAGACCAGUGUUCGGACAGCCGGCUCGUCUGAAGGAGUUUGCUCAUAUGGGAGCUAUUGGUUGGACCCAACCAAAUGGAAAUAUUUCAUGGAAGUGUGGCGGAACCUUGAUUUGGCCCAAUUUUGUCCUCACCGCAGCGCAUUGUGUUAUCGAUAGCCAAAACCAAGCUCCAGAUGUCGUCAGAUUUGGAGAUUUGAACAUUGAGACUACUGAAGGAGAUGAAUACGCACAACAGCUAAAAAUUAUCGACAUUUUCAGACAUCCACAGCAUCGGUUCAUUUCCCAUUAUCACGACAUUGCGCUUUUGAAAUUGGAACAAAAUGUUACAUUGACGGAUGUUGUGUCUCCAGCGUGCCUUUGGACCGAUGAAGAAGUCAGAUUCAAAAUAUUGGAAGCCACUGGUUGGGGAAAAACAGGAUAUGCCGAAAAUCAAACACCCAUUUUACUAAAGGUAGCCUUGAAACCCAUUGAGAACGACGAGUGUAGCAAAGUGUACACAAAUGAAACGGAUCGUAAGCUACGACUUGGACUUCAAGAGCAUCAAAUAUGUGCCGUCGAUAAAAAGAUGGAUACUUGUGAAGGUGAUUCGGGAGGUCCCCUUCAAAUCAAGCUAAUGCACAACGCCAAAGUAACACCUUUUGUCGUUGGUAUAACUUCCUUCGGAACGGCUUGUGGUGUAUCCAAUCCUGGAGUUUACACUAAGAUUGCACCGUAUCACCAUUGGAUGGUAAAAACUAUGCAAAACAAUGGUGCAAUGGUUCCGGAUGAUGUUUACAAUGCCACAUUUUGUGCUCUACGUUUUGAAUCCCUUCGUGAGUAUGAGGAUGCUAUUAUUAUUUCCCGUUCCCCCCAUUUUGUUUGGGUGGAUAUGAAUAGAAGACACAUAUCACUGGUCGAUGAGCUGCCAUCAUAUAUUGUGCGAUUAGCAUGGAACGGAGAAACAAACAAUUGUUAUGGUGUAAUCAUUGAUGAAGACACUGUAAUCACUCUUGCACAAUGUGUUGUACAUAAUAGAGAAAACGUCUCUCACAUUCAUUAUUUAAACAACAUUACAAUGAAGGUAUCUAGAAUACACGUUCAUCCGAAAUAUGAACAAGGGAUUAGCUAUAAUAACAUAGCUAUUUUACGAUUGCAACAUUUUGUCACUGCAUAUGAUUUCGUUAAUCAGUACUAUGGUACCGAUGGAUAUAACUUCGACCCAGCAUGUCUAUGGCAAGAUGAAACACCGUCGGGGAAAGUUCAUGUUCACGGUUCAGGUCGUCGUGACAUUAACCGCAUAUUUGAUUCGUCUGAUGGUUCCAUAGAUCCAUCGAUAUCGAUUCUCAGUCCACAAGUUCGUUUUCAAAAUACUUCAUCUUGUAUCAUUCCCAAAAGAUAUCUACCAUUACUUCGUAAUGGAUUAACCAAUGAACAUAUCUGCACAGGGCAAAAUUUAUUUCUCGUGCCGAAAUCUUGCGAUCUCGUGAUUGGUGCAGCAGUUUAUGAAGAUGAAUAUAGACCUUUGUAUCCGAUGGUGUACGGAUUGAACUUUCUGGGCAGAGACUGCGGUUUCGGGGAGCAUUCGAUAGCGAUUGGCAUGGCACAUCACGCCGAGUGGAUGAAGACAAUACUGUUUUCGAAUUACAAAGAAUCCCAUGACACAGUACACUUCAUCGAUACGGAUCAUCAAGAGGGAGAUUCAUGUCAUAGACAUGAUGGUCGUGCUGCACGAUGCGUUCCAGUUUCGAGCUGUUCAAGCGAAUGGAAACAAUUUAUGUCCAAUGGAACAAUUGAGUUGUGUGCAACCAGUUCAUUGGUUUGCUGUCCUUCCAAUGAUAUCGCGGAAACUCAGCAGAAUGUGAUCCAUCCUCUGCUUGCUGGAUGUCCAACUUUGGUGAAGAAUCUCAACAUAUCAUCCCCGGCACGAUCGCUAGUAUUCAUUGGAUGGCUCACAUCAGAAGCAAUGGAAUUUAGAUGUCUUGGUACAAUCAUAACGAAAAAGAUCAUUCUUACAACAGCCAGUUGUGUUGAAGAUGAAAUUCCUACCGUUGUUCAAAUCUCAGGAAAAUCAGAAACUCAGAAGAUGUAUGAAGUGGAUGCACUGCUUGUACACUAUGCCUUCAAUGCUACCGAUGACACUAACGACAUUGCAAUGAUUCGUUUGCGGGAUACUUUGGUAUGGAGCUCAGUUCUAUUCCCAUCCUGUUUAUGGACCAAUACAACGCAUGUUCCGCUGGUGUUGUCAAUGAUUUCUCCAGAUGAUACCGAAGAUAUAGGACAUACCGAGAUGGUGGCGAUGUACAAUUCCGAUUGCCAGAGAACUCAUAUGUAUGAUAUCCAGGAUUCUCAGCUUUGUGCCAGGAAACCUUUCAAGAAUUUCACAUGUAAUGCCAUGGGUGAUCAAUUACUAUUCAACAGCUCCAGUCGAGUUUCUUAUAUUAUUGGAUUAUCAACAGAUUUUGAUAAGUGUAAGGACUCUUACUACACGGUGUUCACUAGAAUUUCCAGUUUCGUGCACUGGAUUGGAAUGAAUAUAUAAACAGUGAUAAUUUCAAUUUCAUGUGAUCAUGCUGAUCAAAAGAGAUUGAUAAAUUUAUAUUGUAUAUCUUCGUGAUUAUUCUCUAUGAAUUUAAGCAAAGGGCCUUGGUUAACCAUCGUAUAAAAAUAAAAUUGAAACAUCUAAACGACCUUCAACUAUCAAACUACCAUAUCGUCACCCCCUUCUUAUAUAAUCUUUUAAACAAUUUACAGCCCAAAGUCGCUCCGAGAGGAUAAAAUAGCGAAAGUAAUAUUAGCUUAUGAAAUGUUAUGGAAAUAUACUAGAAUACUUCCGACCCUAAAAAAAUAAUUCUAAUGCAAGUGUCAACAAGAAGUAAGAUAGACUCUAUAAUAUGUAAGUUGAAAAUUACUGACGGGCUUAUUGUGUAUUGUAAUUCCUUAGACAUUUUCGGAGUUUGUCUGCUUUCUGAUUUUCAGUUAUCAAUGAUUUUCGUUACCCGCGGUGAACUUGCCAAUCAAUACCGCGGACACCCGUAACAUAUGUUCUUCGUAUCAUGUAUUUUUUGAUAGGGUAGGUUCACCAAAUAUGGAGGAGAGUUAUGUCACCAACCUACGAAUAUAUACUCUAUUUUAGUUCAAAAGUAUACUUUCUCUAGCAGUUUAAACACUGUGUUUGAAGAUUCUCACAACUAUUUCGAUGAUUAAUCGACUAAAUUAUAUAAAAAAAACUUGUUUCGAAAUGAUUAUUCCAUGUAACAAUUAUAGUAAUCGUGUUUCUGGAGUUUCGUCAUAACUGUACUAAUUAUGGUAGUAAACAAUAUUACAUGGAAAGCGUAUCAAUAGCUAUCAAAUAAUACUUCGGCAUUAGUUUUCUAAU